AUGCCGCCCAAGAAACGCUCGCGAGCAUCUUCAAUAACAACCAGCGGCAUUCAGUCUGGCAAUCGCUCGCCUCUAGCACACGAUCUGACCGGUAGCGGCGGUGCUGGUGCCUCUUCGAGCCGUGCGGCAGCGACACUGCCAGCUUCCGGACCCCUCGUACAUGCAUCUCAAGACCUCGACGACUUUCAAUCCACCUUCUGGCGAUACCAGAUGGACCUCGUCGAACAGGGCGGAGAUGCGGAUGGCAACGUGGUCGACUUCAAAUCGGGCCUACCAACCCAAGGUCAGCUACCAUUGGCCCGCAUCAAGAAGGUGAUGAAGUCGGAUGACCAGGUCAAGAUGAUCUCGGCUGAAGCACCAAUCCUCUUUGCAAGGGCGUGCGAGAUCUUCAUUUCGGAUUUGACAUGCCGUGCAUUCCUGAUCGCCGAGGAGCACAAGCGCAGGACAAUUCAGCGAUCCGACAUUGCAGGCGCCAUUGGUCGAUCCGACCUGUUCGACUUUUUGAUCGACAUCGUACCCAGGCACGAGAGCGUUCCCAGCAGCAGGUUGCCUGGAGGAGGGGCUGCCAAGCGCGAAAAGACGGGCGAGGGCAAGGGCGUCAGUCGAUCUAAUGCGGGUGCGAGUAGUAGCAGAAGUCGACAACACAAUGAAGUCGCAUCGCACGAUGAUCAUCUCCUCCACGGCUUCUCGGCUGCAUACGACGACCCUGAUGCCUCUUUGUCUACAGACGCUGUAGCAGCUACUGCGGAGUCAGAUCCGCUCAGCAUCUUGCACUCCUCUGGCCACGUUGACCUCGGCAGCACACCUGGCAACGCCAUGGCCCACUGGAUCCAGGACACAUCCGCAGACGAUCACUCGUCCCAGUCGGAUCAUGUGCACCACGCUCAGCACUCGCAUCACCACGGACCUGCACCAGCCCAAGGCCACCACCACAGCGGACCGUCGCACGAACACCAUGGACACCACCACGCUGGCCAUCACAUCAGCAGUCACCAUUCGCAUCACCACUCGCCUCUGGACUAUGUGGCUUCUUCCAACGCUGGUACCCCCAACAGCAUCGGGGCUGGCGGUGCAAGCGGCGGUGCUUGGUCGCACACCUUUUCAGGCUUCUAG